AUGAUAAGAUUAGAGGCGCCUCUGAGUGGGUAGAGCAAGAAGGACAAAACUCGCCUCUCCCAGAACCUGCCUUUCUGAAGACGGGGCGGCGGGGGACGGGCACGGACAGGCAGCUUUCCCCUUGGAGGAUAGUACCUGAAAACUGAACAGAUGCCCACAUGGCAUCCUUGAAGCUGAACUCGAGGCCUGGGGACGGGCCCUGACAGUCUCCCAAAUCAAAGCUGUAAUUCUUGGAGAAGAGCCCAGGACUUCCCAUGUGGGCGGUGGGUGCUGAGCCCCAGGGACCUGGCACUCCCCAUGGUGGAGAAAGGGGACAGUGUGGGCACAGCCCUGGCUUUCUCCUUGGUUGUCAUCUCUGCCUUUGGCCUUGGCUCCCCUGCCUGGUUCCAAAGUGACCUUUUCUCUUUUGGACUCUUUGCCUCGUGCUCUUGGCCCAAGGAUAAUGCCUGGAACCAGACCUGCGUGGUGUACAGGACCCUGAAGGACAUUCCCGAUCCAGCCUGGAAGAUGUCAGCCGCACUGCUUCUGGGAGGCUGGGCACUGCUGGUCUUGUGGGCGCUCCUCCUCCUCUCCUGGACCAUCCUCCCUGGGGACUUCUGCCCGGUGAAAGGACGUGUCCCUACCCAGUAUAUACAAACAGCCUCUGUCAGUGCCAGCCUCCUGGGCCUGUUGCUUUUCCCCUUCAGCCUGGCUUCACAAGUGGCUCAGGAUGCCUGUGGCCCUUCCUCCUGUGGCCUCUUGUACAGCAGUGGGCAAUGCCAUGUGGGCUGGGGCUUCCUCAUCUCCAUCUUGGCUCUGGUCCUCACCAGCCUCUUGUCCAUCGUGGGGAGAUCCCAAGGAGAUAAGAUCCAGGAGAAGCAGAUCCUUUUCUCUAGCAUCACUGAGAGGAUUGUCUUCAUUUCAGAGCCCAAGCCAUAGAAAACUUCCAGCUUGUUGGCAAAGCACUGCUUCCUGCUGCCACCCAGUGGCUCCUGAACCCUCCUGCAAGAUGACUGGAUGGGUGAUCACCACCUCUGCAGGGGCAGAGUGUUCUUUUUUUUUUUAUUUUAUAAUAUUUUAUUUGAUCAUUUCCAAGCAUUAUUCAUUAAAGACAAAGAUCACUUUCUUUUCCUCCCCCCCCAACCCCCGUAGCCGACGCGUGAUUCCACUGGGUAUCACAUGUGUUCUUGAUUCGAACCCAUUGCCAUGUUGUUAUUAUUUGCAUUAGAGUGUUCGCUUAGAGUCUCUCCUCUGUCAUGUCCCCUCAACCGCUGUAUUCAGGCAGUUGCUUUUCCUCGGUGUUUCCACUCCCAUAGUUUAUCCUUUGCUUAUGAAUGGUGUUUUUUCUCCUGGAUCCCUGCAAGUUGUUCAGGGACAUUAUAUUGCCACUAAUGGAGACGUCCAUUACGUUCGAUUAUACCACAGUGUAUUAGUCUCUGUGUACAAUGUUCUCCUGGUUCUUCUCCUCUCGCUCUGCAUCACUUCCUGGAGGUCGUUCCAGUCUCCAUGGAAUUCCACCACUUUAAUAUUCCUUUUUGCACAAUAGUAUUCCAUCACCAACAUAUACCACAAUUUCUUCAGCCAUUCCCCAAUUGAUGGGCAUCCCCUCAUUUUCCAAUUUUUGGCCACCACAAAGAGCGCAGCUAUGAAUAUUCUUGUACAAGUCUUUGUGCCCAUUAUCUCUGGGGUACAAACCCAGCAGUGCUAUGGCUGGAUCAAAGGGCAGACAGUCUUUUAGCGCCCUUUGGACAUAGUUCCAAAUUGCCCUCCAGAAUGGUUGGAUCAGUUCACAAUUCCACCAGCAAUGGAUUAAUGAUCCCUACUUUGCCGCAUCCCCUCCAGCAUUCAUUACUUUCCAUAGCUGUCAUGUUAGCCAAUCUGCUAGGUGUGAGGUGAUACCUCAGAGUUGUUUUGAUUUGCAUCUCUCUGAUUAUAAGAGAUUUGGAACACUUUUUCAUGUGCUUGUUAAUAGUUUUGAUUUCUUUAUCUGAGAACUGCCUAUCCAUUUCCCUUGCCCAUUUAUCAAUUGGAGAAUGGCUUGAUUUUUUGUACAAUUGAUUUAGCUCUUUAUAAAUAUGAGUAAUUAAACCUUUGUCAGAGGUUUCUAUGAAGAUUUUUCCCCCAAUUUGUUGCUUUCCUUCUGAUUUUAGUUACAUUGGUUUUGUUUGUACAAAAGCUUUACAAUUUGAUGUAAUCCAGAUUAUUUAUUUUGCAUUUUUUAACUCUUUCUAUGUCUUGCUUGGUUUUAAGUCUUUCCCCUCCCAAAAGUCUGACAUGUAUACUAUUCUGUGUUUACCCAAUUUACUUAUGGUUUCCUUCUUUAUGUUUAAGUCACUCACCCAUUUUGAAUUUAUCUUGGUGUAGGGUGUGAGGUGUUGAUCUAUUCCUAGUCUCUCCCACACUGUCUUCUAAUUUUCCCAGCAGUUUUUAUCAAAUAGUGGAUUUUUGUCCCCAAAGCUGGGAUCUUUGGGUUUAUCGUAUACUGUCUGGCUGAGGUUGCUUGCCCCCAGUCUAUUCCACUGAUCCUCCUUUCUGUCUCUUAGCCAGUACCAAAGUGUUUUGAUGACUGCUGCUUUGUAAUAUAGUUUGAGGUCUGGGACUGCAAGGACCCCCUCACUUGUGUUUUUUUCAUUAUUUCCCUGGAUAUCCUUGAUCUUUUGUUAUUCCAAAUGAACUUUGUUAUGUUUUUUUCUAAAUCAGUAAAGAAAUUUUUUGGGAAUUCAAUGGGUAUGGCACUAAAUAGAUAAAUAAGUUUGGGUAGGAUGGUCAUUUUUAUUAUAUUGGCUCGUCCUAUCCAUGAGCAGUUAAUGUUUUUCCAAUUGCUCAAGUCUAGUUUUAGUUGUGUGGAGAGUGUUUUGUAGUUGUGUUCAUAUAGUUCCUGUGUUUGUCUCGGGAGAUAGAUUCCUAGAUAUUUUAUUUUGUCUAAAGUGAUUUUGAAUGGGAUUUCUCUUUCUAGUUCUUGCUGCUGAGCUGUGUUGGAAUUAUAUAGAAAUGCUGAUGACUUAUGUGGGUUUAUUUUGUAUCCUGCAACUUUGCUAAAGUUGUUGAUUAUUUCAAUUAGCUUUUUGGUUGAAUCUCUAGGAUUCUUUAAGUAGACCAUCAUGUCAUCUGCAAAGAGUGAUAACUUGGUCUCCUCCUUGCCUAUUUUGAUGCCUUCAAUUUCUUUUUCUUCUCUAAUUGCUACUGCUAGUGUUUCUAGUACAAUGUCAAAUAGUAGAGGUGAUAAUGGGCAUCCUUGUUUCACUCCUGAUCUUAUUGGGAAUGCAUCUAGUUUAUCCCCAUUGCAGAUGAUAUUAGCUGAUGGUUUUAGAUAUAUACUGUUUAUUAUUUUUAGGAACGACCCUUCUAUUCCUAUGCUUUCUAGUGUUUUUAAUAGGAAUGGGUGUUGUAUUUUAUCAAAGGCUUUUUCUGUGUCUAUUGAGAUAAUCAUGUGGUUCUUGUUGGUUUGCUUGUUGAUAUGGUUGAUUAUGUGGAUGGUUUUUCUAAUAUUGAACCAGCCCUGCAUCCCUGGUAUAAAUCCUACUUGAUCAUGGUGGAUGACCCUUCUGAUCACUUGCUGGAGUCUUUUUGCUAGUAUCCUAUUUAAGAUUUUUGCAUCUAUAUUCAUUAGGGAGAUUGGCCUAUAGUUUUCUUUCUGUUUUUGGCCUGCCUGGUUUUGGAAUCAGUACCAUGUUUGUGUCAUAAAAGGAGUUUGGUAGAACUCCCUCUUUGCUUAUUAUGUCAAAUAGUUUGUAUAGUUUUGGGAUUAACUAUCCCUUUUGAUCAGGUCUAUUUUUGCUUUGGCUUUAUCAGAUAUCAUGAUUGCAACUCCUGCCUUCUUUCUGUCAAUUGAGGCCCAGAAGAUCUUACUCCAUCCUUUAAUUCUGACCUUGUGGGUGUCAACCUGCCUCAUGUGUGUUUCUUGAAGACAACAUAUGGUAGGGUUUUGGAUUCUAAUCCAUUCUGCUAUUCGUCUAUGUUUUAUGGGUGAGUUCAUCCCAUUCAUGUUCAAAGUUAUGAUUGUCAUUUGUGGACUCCCUGGCAUUUUGAUUGCCUUCCCUAAUUCUAACCUUUUCUUCUUUGGCUCUACCUUUUAGUCCAGUGAUUUACUUUGAAUCAGUCCACCUUGUCCCCUCCCUUGAUGUUUCCCUUUUUAGUCCCUCCCUUUUUGUUUCCUCCCCCUCCCCCCUCUCUUUCCCUCCCUUUUUGUUUUCCCUCUCCCCCUCCCCCCCUUGGUUUUCCCUUCUCCCUACCCUUGUUGGGUAAGAUAGAAUUCAAGAUCCCAAUGGAUCUGAAUGUUUUUCCCUCUCAGAGUUGAUUUCCCUGAGAGUAAGGUUUAAGUAAAAACUCUCUUCCUCUCCUUCUUAUAGGAGUUUUCUUCCCCUCCCCUUCCCAUGUGAAUCUUUGUGUGAGAAUGAUUAUUCUAUUUGGUCUUUCUUUUCCCCCUAUUUACACAUAACAUUUUCCCCACCUGUUAGUAUACAUAGAUUGAUAUAAAUGUAGUCCUUAUAGAAGAGAGUUUGAGUAAAAGAAGAAGAUAACAUUUUUCUCCUUUCCCCUUUCCUUCAUAUUUACCUUUUCAGGUAUUCCAUGCUCUUUGAUUUUCGAUAUCGAACUUUCCACAGAGCUCUGGUCUUUUCAUUGCAAAAAGUUGGAAAUCUUCUAUUUUGUUGUAUGCCCAUACUUUCCCUUGGAAGUAUAUAGUCAAUUUUGCUGGAUAGCUGAUUCUUGGUUGAAGAACCAGCUCUCUUGCCUUUCUGAAGAUCAUGUUCCAUGCCUUACGAUCAUUCAGAGUGGAACUUGCAAGGUCUUGUGUGACCCUGAUUGGCAUUCUUUAUAUCUAAAUUGUCUUUUUCUGGCCUCUUGCAGGAUUUUUUCUUUUGUUUGAGAGUUUUGUAAUUUGACAAUUACAUUCCUGGGAGUUGUCUUUUGGGGGUUUAGUGUAGAGGGUGUUCUGUGAGCUCUGUCAGUGGCUGUAUUGCCCCCUUGUUCUAGAAUCUCUGGGCAAUUUUCUUUGAUUAUCUCUUGUAUUACGAUGUCGAGUUUGGUGUUUAUUUCUGGCUUUUCUGGAAGUCCAAUUAUUCUUAAAUUAUCUCUUCUUCCUCUAUUUUCCAAGUCUGUCACCUUGUCAGUGAGAUAUUUUAUGUUCUCUUCUAAUUUCUUGGUCUUUUGGCUUUGCUUUAUUAAUUCUUGCUCAUUGUCUUAGAGUUGCCUGAUUCUGACUUUUAAAGCCUGGUUUUCCUUUUCACUUUGGUCAAACUGGUUUUGUAGAUGCGUGAAUUUCUUUUGCAUUAUUUCCCACUUUUCCUCCCAGAGGGCUUCCAUCUUUUUGAUCCUUUCUGAUUCAAAUUCUUCAUGGGUUUGUGGAGAAUUUCCAUUUCCUUUGGAAGGUUUCAGAGCAUUUGCUUGUGUUUCCUCUUCUAUCUCCUCUGUAUUUUGUAUUUUUGCUCCAUAAAAUGUAUCCAAAGUCGCCCCCUUCUUCUUGUUUUUCUUGGAAUUUUGGGGCUUUUGUGCUUCUGUGGAGUUUGCCAUCUCUAUCUGAGUGGUGAGAACUAGCUUUUCUUAUCUCUGUCUGGUAUUCAGAGGUUUUAGCCCUAGGCAGAUUGUCCGUUCUAUGCAGUUGUUGCUCUGUCUUCCCAGGGAAGCCAGGAAUUGCUGGUGUUUCCGUGUUACUGCCCUCUUCAGUUCCCUCCCGAUGCUUCUCCGUUGCCUUACUUCCACGCUCUGAGCCUGGCUCGGCCCUUUCUGCGGGGUGUUUGUUUCUGUGCCUUAGCCAGCCAGGAGAGCCAGCACUCUGAGGGGGGAGGGGCCAAGGCUUCCCCGAUCUCCCAGGAUUCCUAAUAAGAUUAACUUUCUCUGUGUUGAACUGAGUAUGCCCUGAGGCAGGGACUUUCCAUGAGACUGGGAUGGAAGGAUCCAGCCAGGGGGCUGCAGGCUUCCCCAUCUCUCUCUGUUUCCCUGCUGUCUGGGUGCCUCCGUGACUGGGUCAGAUUGUUUUCAGGAAGCAGCCUUCAGAAUAGCCCGCUCCCGAGGCCCUUUUGCCAGCCCUGAGGGUUACUGUUGUUUCAGAGGACCCUGCUCUCUGAGGGGGAGGGGCCAUAGCUUCCUGGAGCUCCGAGGGCUGGUGAUAGGAUUAACCUCAGAUUGAGUAUGCCCUGAGGCAGGGACCUUCAGUGAGACUCAGAUGGAAGGAUCUAGUCAGGGGACUACAGGCUCCUCCUGUCUCUCUCUGUUUCCCUGCUGUCUGGGUGCCCCCUCGACUGGGUCAGGUUGUUUUCAGGAUGCAGCCUUCAGGAUAGCCGGCCCUGAGGCUCUGAGGUUCCCUCUGCUGCCUCGACUCAGCACUCUGGGUUGGGGGAAUGGGUCCUGGGACCUUCCUUCUGCCUACUCCUUAGGUCCAAGUGAUCUCGGGUUCUGGCUUUUGGGGGGGCCGUACCUUUUGAUCCAGGUCCAGGUCCAGGAGGAGGAUUCCUGGGGCCUAUGCUGUUGUUCGUUUUGAUUUUCAGUGCCUUAGGAGCAUAUAGUUUGAGUUCAGUAGGGAAGGGUUUCCGGAGAUCUGAACUUUAGCUUUCUCUAAGCUGCCAUCUUGACCAGAAGUGAGGCAGAGUGUUCUUAAGCAGCAGCAGACCCAAUUCUAGUCCUGGUCCUGCCCCAGAUUCACCAUAUGGACAAGUAACUUCCCUUUGGGGCCUCAGUUUCCUUAUCUGCCAAAUAAUAGGCUUGGGAAAGUCCGAGGCUCUUCAUCUGAGAUUCUUGGACCACAAAGGAGUCCUCAAAUAGAUUUUAUUUGAUUUUUUUAACCCUUCCCUUCCAUCUUAGAAUCAAUACUGUAUACUGGUUCCAAGGCAGAAAAGGGGUGAGGUAAAGCAAUGGGGGUUAAGUGACUUGCCCAGGGUCACACAGCUGGGAAGUGUCUAAGUCCUCAGAUGGAUUUUAGGAGGUCCAUAACUUCUGAUGGGGAAAAUCGCAUUGUUCUUUUCACUAACCUCUCAUUGAAAUUUACCACUACCUUCAAUGAUAUGAGAAUAUAAUUCUGGGAAAGGGGCCAUAGGGUUCCCUGGAUGGCCCAAGGCAUCCAUGAUUCAGGGAAGGCAUAUAGCCCCUGGCCAAGAUGGUCUCUAAGAUCCUUUCGAUCUCUCCAGCCUGAAAAAUGACAAAUGGGAAAAACACAAGAAAUAUGGAAAGGCAAAAUUAUGUAAAGUGGUCCAUAGGCACGAUUUUCAGUUGUGGCCAAUUCUUUAUGACCCCAUUUGGGAUUUCCUUGGUAAAGAUACUGGAGUCGUUUGCCAUUUCCUUUCCCAGCUCAUUUUGCAGGUGAAGAAACUGAGGCAAGGAGGGUUAAGUGGCUUGCCCAAGGUCACACAGCUAGUAAGUAUAUGAGUCUACAUUUGAACUCAAGUCUUCCUGACUCCAGACCCAAUGCUCUAUCCACUAUACCUCCUAGUAGCUCCAACUGAGUGACUUAAACAAGGUCAAAAAGGGAAUCAAUGGGCAAAGCCAGUAUUCACACUCAGAACCAAUGAGUUCUGUGCUCAUUGCUCCAAGGUCAGUGCUCAAGUCUGCUUUAUGGACUAAGCUGUUUUCCAUGUCUGGUUCCUGUAAAGGAGAACAAAUAAUCUCUGCAGAUGGGAGGAGACAAUGUGCUACUAAAAAAGAGCACAAAAUGACCUGGGUUCAAAUCCUGCCUCUACUACAUCCCUGUGCAAUCAGGAGCAGGUAACUUUACUCCCCUUCACAUUACUGGUUCCUCAUCAGUAAAAUAAGAUUAGAUGAGAUGACAUCUAAGAUGUCUUCUAGCUCCAAAUCUAUGAUUCUGAUUAAUCACUCUAUGAUCCAUUUGUUGGAAACCCCUUUUACUUAUUUUUCUUUUUAAAGGUUUUAUUUUUUAAAAAAACCACUUUAACAUUGACCAUCAAUAUAGCCAUCUCAACUUGUUUUCUAAGCAUAGUUCCUAGUAGCUAUAAUAAUAGUUCUAAGCUAAUCAUUUUUAAUUAUUUACAUUAAUUUCAAUGUAUAAAACAUCAGAAGAAUUUUCCAUUUGUUCCAUGUCCCCAUUAGAAUUCUUCUUUAUUCAUUCUCAUUAGCUUUCCCCCUUUAUCCCCCUUUCCCCUGACUGCAGGUAAUGUGUACUCUAUUUUUCUGGUCCUGCUUCUUUUGCUUUGCAUAAUUUUAUAUGGAUCUUUCCAGAUUUCUUUUUAUUACUCAUAUUUGUCUGUCCUAAUCACAUAAUAUAUUCCAUUGAAUUAAGUACCCAAUUUAUUUAACCAUUCCUCUUUAUUUUUGGAUACUUAUGUUGCUCUCCUCAACUCCCCCCAUAGCUUUUGUGUGUGUGUGUGUGUGUUUGUAUACAUUGUUGUAUACAUAUAAUACAACAGUGAACAAUCUUUGAACAAAUAGAUCUCAAUGUUCUUGGUUUUGAUAAAGAUCUUCAGGAUAUGUCUAAACAGUAGAAUUUCAGAUCAGAGAGUAUGGUUAUUCCUAUAAUUUAUCCUCUCUAUUUAUCAGAUUGCUCUCCAAAAAAGAUUCCACACGUCUGCAAUUCUACCAACAAUGAAUAAGUGUGCUCAUUCCUCUUUAACUCCAUCAAGAUCAAAGUUUGUUACUUUUAAUUAUUUUAUCCAAAAAGUUCUACAAGUUUGCAGUUCUACCAGUUAUGUAUGAGCAUGCCUGAUUGUUACUACACAGACUCACCAAACUGAAUUUUGUUUGUUUGUUUUUUAACAUUUGCUUGUUGAUGGGUUUGCAGGUCUACAAUUUGCUUUCUGCAGUAAAUGUUACCUUCUUCUCUGAUCCCUCAUUAUGUUUCAUUUGGACUCUAAAGAUAGUGAACCAUCAAAUGUUGCAAUUCAGAAAAACUAUCCAACAUGUUAGUUGCCUUUUGAACAUCUCAAACUGGAUGGAUGUCAAACAGUCAAUAAAUCAAUAAAUGAGGUGAUUUUUAAAAUCUUUAA